AUGGCGACAGAGUCCAAGCCCGUCACCUUCCAGCACUACGCCGGCCUGCCGGCCUCCUUCUCCCCCCAGCUCUUGGCCAACGAGAAUGCCUACCUUGAGGACCUCUUCUCCUCAGAAGCCACCAACGCAGAGAGCCCCCUGUCGUCAGGCAUCUUCCGCCUCGAGCCCGGCACCCCUCUCAAGUACACAUACACAUAUGAUGAGAUGAAGAUCAUUCUGGACGGCGACUUCACCAUCGUCGAUGAGACAGGCCAGACGGUCCACGCCAAGAAGGGGGACCACUUCUUCUUCCCCAAGGGCGUGACGAUUACCUUCACGAGCGAGAAGGGUGGAGUGGCCUUUUACGUUGGGCAGAGGAAGAAGGGUGCGGCAUAAGAAGUUGGAUUUUAGGGAGUUUUAGGGGCCUUUCAUGAAAACAAGCCUGCUUCGGGGGGAUGGGUUGGAUAUCUAGUUUGAGGUCUAACCUGGUGGUUCCAAGAGGACAAGACUUGUGGACCAAUUUGGAAAUGGAACUUCUUGCAUUUUUGAAUCAAUCUUUUU